AUGGACUCUGAAGUCGAGACGGCUCACUCGCUCAUUCAUUCCACAUACGCUAACGUAGCUGCGCGUCCCCGAUUACCCGCUAUAGAAGAAUUGACUCUAGGUUUAAAGCAAAAGCUUCACCUGCAAGCCCGGGCAAGAGCUGCACCUUACUAUAUUAGAAAGCAAGAACCAGUUGAUCUCGUGGAAAGGUUAUUGGAGCAGCGCGCCCUUGUCGCCGAGGCUGUCCGAAGAUUAAAAGAAAAGAAACAAUCGUGUCACGAGAUAUCUGUAGAUUCCUAA